AUGGCGGAUGUUUGCAAUAUACUGGGCAGGCUUCGCUGGUUCAAUCUCGCGAUCCUCACCAUCACGCCUGCUGUCGGACUGUACGGUAUCUAUACGACACGGCUGAGGUGGGAGACCCUCUUGUGGUCUACGGCUUGUUAUGUGCUUUCCAUGCUUGGCUACCAUCGUUUAUGGUCUCAUCGGUCUUACAAUGCUUCGCGACCGCUGCAAUACCUCCUUUGCCUGCUGGGGGCCAGUGCCGUUCAAGGCUCCAUUUAUUGGUGGGCGCGAGGACAUCGAUCGCACCACCGUUAUACCGACACACCGCUUGACCCGUAUAAUGCGAAGCGUGGUCUCUUUUACACUCACGUCGGUUGGAUGUUAAUCAAGCCCAGCGUGAAGCCCGGACCUUCAGACAUCAGCGAUCUCAAGAAUAACGAGGUCGUGCAGUGGCAACAUCGGUGGUAUUUCGCUAUCAUACCGAUUGUUGGCUACGCGCUCCCCACAAUAGUAGCUGGUCUCGGAUGGGGUGAUUGGUGGGGAGGAUGGUACUACGCCAGCAUGUGGCGGAUCACGUUCGCGCAUCAUUCUACGUUUUGCAUCAACUCUAUUGCGCAUUAUCUCGGGGAGAGCCCGUUCGAUGACAAAAAGACGGCACGGGAUCACUUCCUCUCAGCGCUCCUCACGAUGGGCGAAGGAUACCAUAACUUUCAUCACCAAUUUCCGAUGGACUAUCGGAACGCUAUCAGGUGGUACCAGUUCGACCCGACGAAGUGGUUCAUCGCGACGUGCGGUGCGCUUGGCCUUGCGUCGAACUUGCGGGUCUUCCCCGAAAACGAGAUUAGCAAGGGAGAGCUCGCGAUGCAGCUCAAGAAGCUCAAGAAGGUCCAAGAAGAAAUCCGAUGGCCAAUCCAGGUGGACGACCUGCCGAUCGUAAGCUGGGAGAAGUUCAAAAAGGAGUCGGAAGAGCGCGUGCUCGUGAUUGUAUCAGGGUUCAUCCAUGACGUGAGCGAGUUCUUGGAUGAGCACCCGGGCGGACGGGGGCUGCUUCUGGGACAGCGAGGGAAGGAUGCGACUGCUGCCUUCUUUGGCGGCGUCUACGAGCAUGGGAAUGCGGCUCAUAACCUCCUCUCAAUGAUGCGCGUCGGUGUUCUUUUAGGUGGGGUGGAACAUGUGAAAGCGAUCGCACCCGGCGAAAGGUUGCGGAUUGUCGAGCGACUUGACCAGUGA